CCUUUUCUGGACUAGAAACAAAUUUAUUUGCCUCCUAUUUUAAAUCUUAUCCUCCCUGAAUUGGAAAUUUUGGACGAUAUACUUCCUCUGUUUUCUUGAGAAAGAGUGGCAAGCCUUUUAAGGGCAUUGACUACGUUAGGAGCUGUACACAUCUGUCAGACAGAGAGAUCAUUAUGCUACCCAUUUAAACAUAUGUGCGAAGAACAGACCAACGGACGCGUUUGAGUUUUGGAGGCUUGAUUUGGCCGUGGGACAAAGAGGAGAAAAUGUUGUCUCAGAAGCAAGCCGAAGAAGCGAUGGUCUCUAGCUUCACCGACGCUGGACAGAGAGACAGAGUUGAAGAAGAAGAAAAGGAGCAAACAGAUGACUCCAAGUUUGGCCUCAAAAACCUCCUCUGGCAUGGCGGGUCUGCGUAUGAUGCUUGGUUCAGCUGUGCCUCCAAUCAGGUGGCGCAGGUGCUGUUGACACUGCCCUAUUCGUUCUCUCAGCUUGGGAUGCUUUCCGGGAUAGUUCUGCAGAUUUUCUAUGGAAUCCUGGGGAGCUGGACGGCUUAUCUCAUCAGUGUGCUCUACGUCGAGUACCGAACCAGGAAAGAGAAAGAGAAUCACAGCUUCAAGAACCAUGUCAUUCAGUGGUUCGAGGUACUGGAUGGUUUGCUUGGUACCUACUGGAAAGCCAUCGGGCUGGCUUCUAACUGCACUUUCCUCCUCUUUGGAUCAGUCAUCCAGCUCAUAGCCUGCGCAAGCAACAUAUACUAUAUCAACGACCGGUUGGACAAGAGGACAUGGACGUACAUAUUCGGAGCAUGCUGCGCGACCACCGUGUUCAUCCCCUCCUUCCGCAACUAUCGGAUUUGGUCCUUCCUCGGCCUUGGCAUGACCACCUACACCGCUUGGUACUUGACCGCCGCGGCCAUCGCUCACGGCCAGGUUGAGGGUGUGAUCCACUCUGGACCGACCAAGCUGGUCCUGUAUUUCACCGGCGCCACCAAUAUCCUCUACACUUUUGGCGGACACGCCGUCACCGUCGAAAUAAUGGACGCAAUGUGGAAGCCGAGAAAGUUCAAGUACAUAUAUCUGCUGGCCACACUGUACGUGUUCACUCUCACGAUUCCAUCGGCGGCAGCGGUGUACUGGGCCUUUGGCGACCAGCUCUUGACCCAUGCCAACGCCUUCUCUCUCCUCCCUCACUCUGGGUGGCGCGAUGCUGCUGUCAUUUUGAUGCUCAUCCACCAGUUCAUAACAUUUGGGUUCGCGUGCACUCCGCUCUACUUUGUGUGGGAGAAGGUGAUAGGGAUGCACCACACGAAGAGCAUAUUCUUGAGGGCGCUCGCCCGGCUGCCGGUGGUGAUCCCCAUCUGGUUCCUGGCCAUCAUUUUCCCCUUCUUUGGGCCGAUCAACUCCGCCGUGGGCGCCCUCUUGGUCAGCUUCACUGUCUACAUCAUCCCCGCCGCUGCCCACAUGGUCACUUACCGGUCGGCCUCUGCCCGGCAGAACGCCGCCGAGAAGCCCCCAUUUUUCCUGCCGAGCUGGACUGGCAUGUACGUGGUGAACGCAUUCGUGGUGGGUUGGGUCCUGGUGGUCGGGUUCGGGUUCGGAGGAUGGGCGAGCAUGACCAACUUCGUCAAGCAAGUGGACACGUUUGGGCUCUUUGCUAAAUGUUACCAGUGCAAGCCCCCUUCCCCAUCACACCAUUGACCUCACAAUGCAACAUGUAAUUGGCUUUGCUGAUACUAAAACUGGCUGCUGCGAAAAUGAAAUGGGAAUAAAUUCUUAAGAGUCCGCAAAAAGCAAGUUGACUUGACCCAGUAAUGCAAACUUGCUGGCAUCUGAGCUGGUUUAUCAGAAAUUUCCCCUUUUCUGAAUUGCAGCAUUGAAUUUGAUAUGUUUGGGGAAAUCUCCUUUAAUGGAAUCCGCUUUCACAUGGUUUUACACAGAGGGGAAGAUGGAAAUUUUGCCAUGUGUGGGGAGGCACAUGAAUACAAAAUGAUCUUGCAAUGUCUGGAAUUCUUUCACUUGAAAUUGCGGUUUGACUGAA